CAAAGUCCAUCAGUAUCACUGAACUGCUUGUAGCUAUUAAUCUUCAUAAGCGUCUGAGUACAAGGAAGGUAAAAAUUGACAACAUGGCAGGUCCUCAGACAAACCAACAGGCUAGAUCCUGGGAUCCAAAAUUCACACACGAAGAUAGGGAAAGAUGGGUUUGCGUGUACCCUGCAUAUAUAAAUAGCAAGAAGACUGUAAAGGAAGGGAGAAGAAUUCCUAAAGAUAAGGCUGUAGAAAACCCAUCAUAUAUAGAAAUCAGAGAUGUGUGUUUAAGUGCUCAACUUAUUAUUGGUGUAGAGAAUAAGACAUAUUGUAGGGAACUAGAACAUAAGGACCUAAAGUAUAGAGGUAGAAUACGCAUACAGUUAAAAAAUGAAGACGGAUCACUGAAAUAUGAAAAAUUUCCUAAUAAGCAGUCAAUAUUGUUAUACCUGGGAGAGACUAUACCCAAGUUAAAGACCCGGCAGCACGGUGGCGGGGGAUCCCAACAGGGCGCACAACAACAGCAAGGUGGUAAAUCACAGAAAAAGAAGGGCAGAAAGGGGAAAUGAACAUUCAGUUGAAAAAGACAUAAUUAUUAGAAAAUCAGAUUCUGUUGAAACGACCAAUAGGUGGCCGUCUUUUCUAAAUUGUAGAAAAAGGAGAUAUUUUGUGUUGAAUCAAAAAUUAUUUAACAGUUUAUUAUUCGUACAUGGUAUUUAUGUUAUAGUCUGUUGAUAUUUGGCCUGAUGUUGUUUUGAUUAGGAAAAUUUCAGGCUGUAUGAAAGCAAGGUCGAGGAAUGGCCGAUAGUGAUGUAUUCAGUUUGUCAAGUAUUACAGAUAUACAUGAUAUUUCAGUGUCAUAAUGAUAGUUACAUAUAUAAAGUUGUUUAAAUGGAUCUUUCGUUUUGGUAAUUGUAUAAUACAGAGUGUAUUGUUUAAGAAAAACAAUCUUGCAAAUGAAAGAAAGAUGUGUAAAACAUGAUUGCUAUCAUCAGUAGGCCAAAUGCAUAUUAGUCAAUAUUAGUUUUGUCGGUCUCUUUUCUGUCCUUAAUCUAGGUCAUAACAUAUUCAUUUUAUAUGCUAGAACCUUCAUUUACCAGUACAUGUAUAAUACUGUAUAAAUGGUUAAGUUAGCGACUCAGAAAUAUUGGCAAUUUUCUCGCAAAUUGACGAAAAUCGCUAAAAUUUGCUCUAGCGUGAAUAUCAACCAAUCUGUCUUUAAAUUCUAUCCUGUAUGGUUUGCUAAUAUUUCCACACUCAUAAUAUCAGGAAUUUAAAUUCACUAACUAUUUGACAUGCGUAAAUAUCCAUUUAUACAUUACUUGUUAACAAGAUCUUUAUUAUAAAUGAGACAUUCACAUAAUUUAUACACCAGGUCUCAUAAAGUGGCAAAUGACCUGGAAAUUGCAAGAAAUUUUACCUAUUAACAGGCUUUAGAAGUGCAUUGAAGUCGUUAUUUAUGAACACUUCUUAUAAUUUUUUUAAUACAAUGAUUGAUUUAUCAUUGUUGACCAGCUGUGACAUGUACAUGUAUAUCAAAUGCUAUUUAUGUUACUGUUAAAUCAAUCUUAAAAAAGACAUCAAUCUUUAAAAUUAAAAGUAGUUUAAUAUUAUUUCAUUGCUUUAAUUUUAGUUGAUUUAUAUUUAUUUCCAAAAAUAUAUACAUAUUUACAAUCAUAAUUCAAAAUCAAAUCAUGUAUUUAAAGUAAAGGAUAAAAACUUAAGACAAAAUCUUUUAAAAGUCAUCUCCAUUUUACUUAAUCAUGUGUUCGAUUUUUGUACUACAGUAAGUUAAGUAUUUUAGGAAUUGGGAAUAUAAAUAUUUAUUAAGGAAAAAAUUAGGAAUUUUGAUUGAGUAACAUCACAAUGGUGUGAGUUGAAUAACGUUUAAGUUUUAUUGAAUAAACUUUCUUUGGACAUAUGGUAAUGGUAGUUUCUUUUUCUUUAUAUAUUUAUAAAUUUGAAAUUAUGUUUAAGAUACAAUAAUUAUAACAGUUGUUUUACUCUUUUCAAGCCUCAGCAGUUAUUUAUGUAAUUAAAAGCCAGAUCUUUUCUAUAUUGUUAAAGCAUCUGAAUUAUUUACAUACAUGUUUAUGUGGAGUAAUAAUGUAAUUACUCAAUAUAUGUACAAAAUAUGGAAAUUGGUGUGCAAAUUUUUGUGAACAUUGAAUUUUUUCAAAUAAAUAUAAUGAAAUAU